CACCCCUGAGCUACCUGCGAGGCUGCCCUUCAAAGACAGGCAUUUCACCUGCAGCAAAAUAAUAGGAAGGAGGCUCGCUUGCUUUGCUCAGAGGCUGAGCCACCGGAGAAAGCAAAGCCAAUGUGAUUUAUUGAAUGAAAGCACUGGACAACUACCAACAACCUGUUCCUCUGCUGCCCCAAACAGCCGAAACUGGAACUGUCGUGUGAAAAUGACCCAACAAAUGCAGAAUUUACAUCUUUCUCAGUCAAAAAAACACAGUGCCCCCUCUUCUCCCAAUGCUGCCAAACGCCUGUACCGGAACCUCUCUGAGAAACUCAAGGGGAGCCACUCUUCAUUUGAUGAGGCCUAUUUCAGAACAAGAACUGACCGGAUGAGUCUCAGAAAGACCUCAGUGAACUUCCAGGGCAACGAAGCCAUGUUUGAAGCAGUCGAGCAGCAGGACAUGGACGCUGUGCAGAUCCUUCUGUACCAGUACACAGCAGAGGAGCUGGAUCUCAACACGCCCAACAGCGAGGGCUUGACGCCUCUGGACAUCGCCAUCAUGACCAACAACGUGCCCAUUGCUAAGACCCUCCUGAGGACAGGAGCCAGAGAGAGUCCACACUUUGUCAGCCUGGAAAGCCGAGCAAUGCACCUCAACACACUAGUGCAAGAAGCGCAGGAGAGGGUGAGUGAACUGUCUGCUCAAGUGGAGAAUGAAGGAUUCAGUCUGGACAACACAGAGAAAGAGAAACAGCUGAAAGCUUGGGAGUGGAGGUAUCGGCUCUACAGACGCAUGAAAACAGGCUUCGAACAUGCAAGAGCCCCCGAGGUGCCAACCAAUGUCUGUCUCAUGGUAACCAGCAGCACAUCGCUCACUGUCAGCUUCCAAGAGCCUCUGAGUGUCAACUCCGCUGUAGUAACCAGAUAUAAAGUGGAGUGGAGCAUAUCUAAAGACUUUUGUCCUUUGGCUGGAGAAAUCAUCAUGGAAAACCUGCAGACCCUGAGAUGUACAAUUACAGGGCUUACAACGGGUCAACAGUAUUUUGUGCAAGUCUCAGCUUAUAACAUGAAAGGAUGGGGACCUGCUCAGACCACGACACCAGCAUGUGCCUCUCCUUCUAACUGGAAAGACUAUGACGACAGAGAGCCCAGACACAAGGGACAGAGUGAAGUUUUGGAAGGUCUGCUGCAGCAGGUCCGAGCCCUUCAUCAGCAUUAUAGUUGCCGGGAAAGUUCAAAAUUACAAACCACGGGCCGCAAGCAGUCAGUCUCAAAGAGCCUGAAACACCUAUUUCACUCCUCAAACAAGUUUGUGAAGACCUUGAAACGGGGACUCUACAUAGCUGUUAUAUUUUAUUACAAAGACAAUAUGUUAGUCACCAAUGAAGAUCAAAUACCGAUCGUUGAAAUAGAUGACUCUCACGCCAGUUCCAUCACACAAGAUUUUCUGUGGUUCACGAAGCUGUCUUGUAUGUGGGAAGAUAUAAGGUGGUUAAGGCAAAGUGUACCUAUCUCCAUGUCCUCAUCCACAGUCCUGCAAACUCGUCAGAAGAUGCUUGCAGCAACAGCCCAGCUACAGAAUUUACUUGGAACACACAACUUGGGAAGAGUUUACUACGAGCCCAUUAAAGACCGGCACGGAAACAUCCUCAUAGUCACCAUCAGAGAGGUGGAGAUGCUCUACUCAUUCUUUAAUGGCAAAUGGAUGCAGAUCUCAAAGCUGCAAAGCCAGAGGAAGUCUCUGUCAACACCCGAGGAGCCAACAGCCUUAGACAUUUUACUGAUAACCAUCCAGGAUAUUCUCUCCUAUCACAAAAGGAGUCAUCAACGUCUCCCUCCCGGAUUAUAUCUGGGCUAUCUAAAGCUGUGUAGCUCUGUGGAUCAGAUCAAAGUUCUUGUUACCCAAAAGUUACCCAACAUUCUCUGCCACGUGAAGGUCCGUGAAAACAGUAACAUUUCCAAAGAGGAGUGGGAAUGGGUCCAAAAGCUUUCUGGCUCUGAAUCUACGGAAAGUGUGGAUCAUACUUCUGACUGCCCCAUGCAAUUGUUCUUCUACGAGCUCCAGAUGGCAGUGAAAGCUCUCCUUAAGCAGAUCAAUAUACCUCUACACCAGGCAAGGAACUUCCGCCUCUACACACAGGAGGUGUUGGAAAUGGGUCACAAUGUGUCCUUUCUUCUCCUGCUCCCUGCCUCAGACGACGUCUGUACAGCCCCAGGACAGAAUAAUCCUUACACCCCGCACUCAGGGUUUCUUAACCUCCCUCUUCAGAUGUUUGAACUUGUUCACUUUUGCAGCUACAGGGAGAAAUUUAUUAGUCUGUAUUGCCGCCUCUCCGCUGUUGUGGAGUUGGAUUCUCUGAACACGCAGCAGUCCCUGCGGGAAGCGAUCUCAGACAGCGAGGUUGCAGCUGCCAAACAAAGACACCAACAAGUUCUAGAUUUCAUUCAGCAAAUAGAUGAAGUCUGGCGUGAAAUGAGAUGGAUCAUGGAUGCUCUACAGUAUGCAAGAUACAAACAACCGAUUUCUGGCUUACCCAUCACUAAGCUAAUAGAUGCCUCAGAUGAGCAGAGCCUAAAGAAGAUCAGCUCGACAUCAUCACAUAUAGACUGUCUUCCAUCACCAUCCCCGUCCCCAGAGAUGCACAGAAGAAAGGCAGUGAGUGAUUCACAGCCCUGCUCUGAUGAAGAAGGCUGCUCAGAAGUCUUCCUGCCCACCGACAGUGACUAUGACUCCAGUGACGCCCUGAGCCCCCGAGACCUGGACCUGGUCUACCUGUCGUCGCACGACAUUGCCCAGCAGUCUCUAAGCGGCCUCAGCGGCAGUGCCCCCGAUGUCCUGCAGGUGCACGACAUGAAGUCUCCUUUGGGGCCCGGCCAGGACGCCCCGGGCCAGGUGCCCAGGCCGGAUCCAGACCACUCCUGCGCCGACUUCCUCCACAGCCUCACGCUCACCGGCUUCGAGCCCAAGAACCACGCCAAGAUGGCGCCGGGCGCGCGCCCGCCGCUGGGCUUCCUGGGAAAGCGGAAGCCGGCCAAGCACCAGCACUAUGGCGGCUUCAGCCGUCACCACCGCUGGCUGCGCAUGUACAGCGAGACGCAGUCACUAUCGCUGUCCGAGGGCGUUUACACACAGCACCUGUCCAGGGCCUGUGACCUGGCCCAGCAUCCCGGGGAAGUACAGUGGCUGGGAUCUGCCGCCGAUGGGCCCCGCACCCUGGCUCUGACCCAUGCCACGAGCCUCCCUGAGGGGCAGAAGAGCAUCCUCCAGGACCCGAGGCCCUCCGUGCGCCGCAUCUACGUGGAGCCUUACCCCGAGGCCCUGGUGGACACGAAGCCCUGGGCCAGCUUGAGCCCACCGCCUGGAGGUCACUCCGGCCUGCCCAGCCCCACCCGCCCGGAGAUGAGCCCGGAGGCCCCCACCACGUCUCCGGUGUCAGAAAUACUCAGCAGCAUGCUUUAGGGAGCCACAAUUGGCUCUCUAUCGUUCCACCGUGAGACCCUGUGUUUUCUGUUACUCAGCCUGCCCCCACCAUGUCCCCAUCCGUUUUCAAAUAGUUUGAAUGUUUAAAAAGUCCAUAGAUUCCAGGUUCAAGGCUCUCUCUUUUUUUUUUCUUUAAGAGUAGAGUUGGGGUAGAGGCAAGAGUUGCCAGUGUCUUUCCCAGUUCAGCCUACAGAAGGCAUAGAGGGGCAUUUGUGUCAACAUAGAGUCCUGGACAUAACAGUUGGAACAUGUCUUCCUGUUGGUGGCACCUGUGACCGAUGUAGGGCAGCCCAAAGAGCCACCCUCAGUUCUGCAGCUGACUUUGUACACUGACCCCUGGAUUUAGGGUUCUUUUAUGAGUUUUUGGAUUGAUAGGAGACAUUCUAUAGAUGAAAAUGUGAUUAGCAUUGUUUUUCUCUACGUUCUAAACUUUCAGAAGAGUUUGGGGAAAAGAAGCCCAGGUUGUAGUUCUAGGGCACAAGGUGAAGCUGGACUUGUCCCAGGUUCCCUGUCAGCAAAGUCAAGUCAUUCCAAAGUGCAGGGUUCUCAGAGGCUCACCAAAUCCAAUUUUCCAUCAGCACUGAUCUGAUUAAGGAGGCCAUGGACAGGUCUUUUCUUCACUUAAUGACAAAACCACCAGGAACAAAAAUAGAGGAUGCUUCUCUUCUAGCUCUCACUUGCAAAGAUAGAAUAGGGCAGGAAGCAGUCUUUCCUGCAUACUCAACUCCCAUUGACGCAUGAAAAAGGGCCGUAUAUUAUUCCAGGGUGCAAGAAGAGGGUUGCGUUCUGUGAAAGCCUGGAUUACAGAUAAGGCAAGGGGAGGGAGACAGGCUUGAACAGAAUGUGUUUACUUUACAGUCCUAAAAUAAGUCCAUGGGGGCCGUGUCUCAAAAAUAAUAAUGGAUCUGCUCCAGAUUUCUUAGGCGACAGAAUUGUCAUUGAAUGAAAAUGUGCCCUCUAGACAUGGCAGCGGUGGAGUCCUUACAGUCACACUGGACACAUCUACUCACCCCCACAUCACAUCACAGGUCACAGGACAGAUUGUCCAGAGCAUGGGCUGCUGUGUUCUCCUUUUUCAUCCACCCCUCCCACAGGCAGUGGAUUUUACCCCAAAAUCAGCUGGCCCAUUAGCUUCAAAGAAAAUCUUUCCUUAGAAGACCCUGCCAGUGGUCCCAAGGUUGUGCUCCAAGACACCUGCAAAUCCUGCCUUGGUCUCAAUGCCUCCCACCUGCCUUUCUCACAAAGGAGAAACCCAAGUCAAAGAGAAAUCACAGUGCAUAUUCAAAAAGGCAGGAGCCUUCCUUCAUGUACUGGAGCCAAAGCCCAUUCAGUUCACUGAUAUUCUAAAUGGUCCUUUUCUGCUUCAUCGGCGUUUUGGUUAAAUAUUGCUCUUUAUGGUUCUACUCCUAUCCUCACAGUUCUACCCUUCGUCCUCAUGGGAGUUCACACAAAGUCCCCUGUUCACAAUGUUAUUCCGAUCCCUUCCAUUUUCAAAACAUUUGAUUUAAACAUAAAUAAUUACCCUGGUGAAAAGGUACAGAUUUGGCUCGUGGCCUAUGGUCAUUAGAAAACUAAAGUCCAGAGCUCUGUCUUUAUUUUUUUAAGAGAUUUUAUACUCAAUGAACCUCCCAAAGAAUCUGAUCAGAAUCACUGCAGCUCCUUUUCCAUGCCUGGGAGGAUUUUAAAAAGCAGUUUUCUUCUUUCUGAGUGAAUUCUAUGUGUAUGGAGUGUUAGAGCUAGUAGGGACCAUAAAAGUAGUCUAAGUCCUUGUGUUUACAGAUGAUGCAGUUAAGGCCCAGAGUGGCUAAGUGACAUGCUCAUGGUCAAAGAGCUAGUUUAGUCUCAGAGUUAGAGUCCGAACCCAGAACCAUUCUUUUUAUAGCAGGCUCUCCUGUUGGGAAUUGACAGAUAUCUAGUCAACUCUUGUCUACAGGUUACUUAUCUGGUUUUCAGAUUGUCUAUCUACUUCUAAUUCCAAAUUCAACUCUUUUUCUUAACAUUCACCUAACAGAUUCCCAAUAUCACAGUGCUCUUUGUUGCCAGGAAAUUCAAAUUUCAUAUAAUAGACAUCUAAGCUCAUCAAUUCAAAAGCAGAGUUGGGGAAAUGUCCUUUAAAAGUACAUACCGUAUGACUCCUCUUUAAUAACAAAAAUGACAGUCAUCUGCGGUCAGUGCCUGCUUAUUCUUAAUUAUAAAACAGAUUAUAUAUGUUGAAUAAACAUGAGAUGAGAUGCUGGAAUUGUCAAGACACAAGAAACCAAAUGAUUCUCUGAUCAUGACCUUUCUGGUGGCAUGGAAAGUAGUUUGUGACUGUGAAUUAGAUGGAAAGCAUUUGACAGGCCCCAGAAGCAGAAACUGACCCACCCUUGGGCCCCUCAUUUGGUCAGCAAGCUCUGGCACACUGGACCAAAUAAUGACUCAUGAAGUAAAACUACAUUAAAACCAAACCCACUAAUUUAUAUUGAGGACACAGGGUUAUUUCUUCACCUUCCGUGAGGAAAGGGACUGCAUGCCCCUGAAAUGAAUAAUGCACAUUAGGUUUCAAUGGGCAUAUUUAAUCAACUUGAAAAUGCAUUUUCCUAUCACUAUUCCUAUGUAAAAGUGGAUGUCGUAUCUGCAGUAAUCAACUGUUUGUUCAGGUAGGUCCCCUACAUCCAUACCUCCACUUUGCAACAUUUUUUUGAACCUAGUUUAAAUUAAAUCAUUCUUGUGAGCAAAAAUUGUGUUCUCUAAUUCACAGCCUUUUAUUCAUUUGGCCGGUCUUCUCAUUAUGGAAACUUUUCAAUGUAUGAGGACCUUUGUGUUUGUUUGUUUGUUUGUUUGUUUGUCUUAUUGGGUUGACUUGUGAUAUGAUGGACAUUUGUCUUUCAGUCUUUUUAAGUUGAACCUGAGAGCCACUGAAACUUUUCUCUGCCAUGGUUUUUCUAAAAUGCUUAGUCCUCAUCUUUAUUAGCCAGCUCUCAUCAUUUGUGAAAAACCUCAAAAAUCAUUGACCAAGGCCCUAGUGUAUGUCUGCCUCUAACCUAAGUCCCACGGAGGACAAAAGAAUCAAGUACAAAACACGUUGCCAGGCCACCAGGAGCUCACACUCCAAGAUGAGUGUAGCCAUCAUCAUUAUACAUCUUCUCGCCGAUGUCUCAGAAGAGGCGGGGAGCCUGUCUCCUCAGCCAGGCCAGUGUAGGAUAUGUUGGGCCAGACAGCUUUAAUUUCACUCUUGCUGUCUAUUCAUAAGGAGGGCAGCCUGGAAAAUGCAAGUCUUCAAUGGAUGUGCUUGCAACCAUUUAAAAGGCUGUCACAUCCUCUUAAUUGGUGAGGCUAUCUGGGAGACAGUAAUUAGACAUGUUCACUCUAGGGAAUGAGUAUUUUAAAAAGUGGGUACUUAAAGAUGAGACUCCUUUCGUUUUAAGAACAUUCACUGAUGCUCAAAGCAAUAAUUACACUGGAGAAAAUGGUUCCAUUUGGUUUGAAAGUUGAAGCCAAUUAGUAAUAAUAUUCCUCCAGCCCCCAUUCCUAAAGGAUCCCAAAGCACUUUAUGAAAAGCAAUGACUGAAGCCUUGUUGUACUCCCCUAAAAAGACCUUGUCUGGGAGCCACCUGGCAAACACCUACCCCGUGCUUGCCAGGAGAUCAUGCCAGACAAGUGGAAAAGAAGACUGGCCUCUCAUUCAUUGUUAUCCUGCCACACGAACGUGUGCCCCGGUGAGCGUGGAGCUCUACACUCGAAGACAAUUUGAGACAAGGAGGCAUACCGGAAAAUCCAAAUUCCUUGGCCUCCUCUCAUUCUUCAUACUCCACCCAAGAUAUACUCACUUUCUUUUGGAGAACUGUCAACUCACGAUAUGAAGGGGUCUGCAGUGCAUUUAAUGUCGCUAGUUAUGUCAACAGCAUACGGAAUUCACUGGCUCUUCGCAUUGAUACUUGUUAGAAAGAUGACGCUCUUCUUCUACAGCUUUCUCAACUUUGCGUGCAGCCGAGCUACAGCAGGGAGUACGCAUCCCUUGGUAUAGUCGUUUAUUGGACUGUAGCAUACCCGUUAGAGAGGGUAGUUAUAGGUUAACAAGAGAACAUUCUCAGAGAAUUGAAAGUGCUACAUUUUCACUUUAUAAAGUCUAAAUAUUUUUUCAGAUGAUUCAAUAAAGCCAACCCGAACUUUUUUCCUGGUCAUACCUUUAAGGAAAAUUUUAAAGGAGCUAUUUGGAAAGCAAUGAUACCUCUUCACAGGUAGCAAGGUGAACAAGGAAAAAACUUGUUUCUUUGCGGGUCACCUCUCAUAAGAUGUUCAAACACGUGGCUCAUGACUGUUAAGCUAAACUUCAAUGCAGCCUUACAAACAACAAGGGUAGUGUAUUUGAAACUAUGUUGUACAGUUUGGAAACUUAUUCCAAGAUCUUAAUUCAGAGUUUUUCUGAGGUGUUGAACUUUGCCAUUAGCAAAAAGUAUUUUUAGAAAAAUCCAUUGACUGUUUAUGAAGCACUGAUUUUGCCAUAUUUCGGGUCUCUGGUUUUUCCACUACAUCUGCACACAGUAGUUACAUUUGAGAGUUUUUUUCAAUGAUUUCUUUUAUUCCCAUUAAUAAUGAACUUAUAAAAUAGUUAUUCAAAAGGAUAGUUGGUUUUAUUUAACAACCAGAUAGGUAGACUGUGAAAAUACGCUAUUUUGAUAAAGGAAGUAGGAAGUUUGUUGUUUUAAAUAUUAUCUUAGGGUCUUUCCCCUCCAGAUACAUAGUUUUCAUUUUAACAAAAGCCAAUAUUUAACUCAGUGGCAAAUGUUAAUGCUUUCUGCUCCUCUUCCUUCAGCACAUGACAUGAAAGUCUGAGUGUGCUUUCACAGUAACCACCAUCCAGUAGCUGAUUUAGAAAAACCAACUCUGGCAAAGUAUUGUGUUAAGUCACUCUGCGUUGCUGUGUUACUUCUUGCCCUGUAGCAAACCAGAUGUUUGAGGAUUUCCCACGUAUGUGGUCACAAGCAUCAGUGCAAUGCUUGUGAUGGAAAAAGAAUUAAAGAAGUGUGUGUGUGUGCGUGUGUAUGUAGUAGGGGAGGGAUAUUUCAUAGAAAAAGUAAUUUAAGUGACAUUCUACUAGGCAGUGUUUAAUUGUUUCCUGCCUAAUGUGUACAUAGUAAUUUUGCUGAUUAUUGGUUAUUUGUUCAUAAUCUAUUGUAUCUUGUUGCUAUGAAUGCAACUGAGUGUAUGUAAAAGUUUAGGUUUCGGUAUGUUAUCUGCACAAUUUUGUGUGCUUUAAACCUCUAUAAAUGUACAGAUGAAUCAUGUACAUGUGUUAAAUGUGACUUUCACUCUGGAAACAAUGAUAUUUUGUAGUACGUACUUUUGCAAACUCUUUGGACAUUUUAAAAGGAUAUUGUGAAUGGCCAGUACCUUCAAUCAGAAACAACACUGGUAAAAUGCACGCCUCUCCCAGAGGUCAGGGGUUAACAAGAAUUGAGAUAAUUUUUCUAGUGGCAAGUAUUUUUGAUAAUUUCUUACCCACAUCAUUGUAUUUGAAAGAAAAAAUGUCAACAGAAGAAAUCUUAGCUAUCAGAGGGGAUGACUUUGUUUCAUGAGCAUUAGUACUAAUAUACUUUAUGUCUAACCUGAUGUUGUUGAAAUCUAGUUCAAAGGUAAAGAAGUCAAAAAUAUUUUUGAUUCUUUGUAAGAUUUUUGCUGCCUAUAGGACAAUUUUAAGCCCUUUGUCCUCAGUGUGGAAAAUGUCAAUUAAAUAAUGAGCUAUUGAGGUAAAAGAAUUGUCAGUACUUGGCUUUCCUGAUGGUUUUUCCAAGUCUCAAUAAAACAAACAUUUUUCAGCCUG